GGGCCCAGAGUUGGAAGCGCUGCCGAGCGCCGUAGGACUGGGAGCAGCCGGCGUUUCUUUAGGGCUGGAACUGAGCGAGUGGCUGAGGCGGGGGUCUCCGGUGAUUAUCCAGACACGCGGGGGGAGGCUGGGGCUGGAGCUGGGUCAAGGUCAAGCAAGCCAGCCUGCCUGGAUUCCUCCAGCUACCAAAAAAAACCCCAACACGUCUACAGAAGAUACAGCAUAUGGUCUGUUUAAAGUAAAGAUGUCUUUAAAUUCAUCUACAUGUUUGAACCAAGAAAGCCAUCAGAAAUUAAAAAGAAAUUUUGAAUGUUUGAAAAAUUCACAACAACAGACUACUUCAUCACUUCAAGAUAAUCCACUUCAAAAUUUACAGUUAGCAUCCUGGGAAGUGCUUGAAAAGGCCCAAAAGAGUGGGAGAUCAAAGUGCCCAAGAUGUGGUAGUUCAAGGAUGUUUUAUUGUUAUUCAUGUUAUGUUCCAGUUGAAACUGUGCCUAGCAAAGAAAUUCCAGUUGUGAAGCUUCCUUUGAAGAUUGACAUAAUUAAACACCCAAAUGAAACUGAUGGCAAAAGCACUGCUGUACAUGCUAAACUCCUGGCACCUGAAGAUGUUACCAUUUAUACAUAUCCUUGCAUUCCGGAAUAUGAAGAAAAAAGAUAUGAAAUUGCACUUAUCUUUCCUGGUCCUAACUCAAUUUCGGUAAAAGAUAUUAUUAUCCAUCUGCAAAAAAAUGUUCAGAAAAAUGUUAGUUGUGGCAAUGAUGAUGAUCCUUCAGCAGAGCCAUUUCUCAAGAAAGCAAAAAUAGAAACAAAAGAAGAUGGAAACCUAAGCGAAUACAAAUCAAACAGCAGGAGUGAAGACACUGUACUGAAGAAAGUAAUAUUUAUUGACAGUACUUGGAAUCAAACCAACAAAAUAAUCACUGAUGAGCGACUCCAAGGGUUACUACAAAUUGAGUUGAAAACAAGGAAAACUUGCUUUUGGCGUCACCAGAAAGGAAAGCCAGAUACAUAUCUUUCUACAAUUGAAGCCAUUUAUUAUUUUCUCGUGGAUUAUCAUCAGGAGGUUUUAAAAGAGAGCUCCAAAGGACAAUAUGACAACCUGCUUUUUUUCUUUUCAUUUAUGUACACGUUGAUAAAAAACGCCAAGAAUUCUGCAGGAAAAGAAUAAGCCAAGCUAUCCAUUUGUCUGUGAAUAGCACCAUGUUUGUCUGUCUUUAAUUAUGAUAAAGUGUAGUAACACAAUUUUUUGUCUGAAUGACAUUUGAGUUCAAUAAUAAAACACAGCAUAUUACA